UCCCCAUAUAAAAUACAUAUUUAUAUACUGCAUAUUCAUGUACAUUAAUCUUUGCAGAGAACAGCUCAAUAGUUUUGCCACCUCUCUUACUGCUAGUAUUACUGACAGUUCUGUUUUGAUAUAAACAGCAUCAUAUCAACAUCGCUCCAGACAUAGGGAGAUCCCACCCUGCUAAUCUAAACAACAAUUAUUCCCUGAGGGCACACCGUCUUAGCAGUGAAAUGGCUUGGCCAAAAAAUAUUCCCCUUAGUUGAUCAGCCAAGACAUGUCUGCUGUCCAAAGCUUGCUUUUGUAGUCGUGCACUGUGAAGCUAAUAUAACUAUAACUAAAUAAUAUAACGAGUAACUAAACAUUUAAAAUGUGACUUUUGGUCUAAUGAAAGAAAAGAUGUCUUAGCAUGUGUCAUUUGCUACUUGCAGUCAAAUGGUGCUGUGUGCUACAACUACAAUGGAACCAGUAACCAGAGGGAUAUUUUGAAUCCUGCUGUGCACUCUCAUGAAGAUAAUCAUCUUGAGUACUUGUUUUUUUUAAAGCUGAGGGCCUGGGAAAUGAGGAGAGGGGGAACCUUAGUCCCACCUUGGUCCCUCCUCUAGCCCUUAUGGCAGCCUGUGUAAUAGGGGUAAUGUCCUUUCGUCGCAGUAAACGAGUCACAGAGUGAAAUGGUAAUUAGAGAAACUGCCCCCAUUAGAAGGUCCAUUUCAGUUAUGGUCACAUGAACCCUCAGGCAUGAGAAGCUGCUUACUGGGCAAAACCACACAAGACAAUGAGGAGAAGGCAAAGGGGUUUAGAAGGAGCUUUUGUCUUCCAGAUUCAAAUUGAAUAACUCUGUGUUUUUAUCUUCAUACUGACUUCAGCUUUGGUGGCAUUUUUAAGAGGGUUAUUUUCUUUUUCUGUACGCUCCCUACAAAGCCUGGAACAUGAAUCGCACAGGAAUUAUGUAUAUGGAGAUUGGUUGCUUUGUUUGUUGUCUUUGUGGCUGGAUCCUGAACUGUUCUACUCUGGCCACUGAGUACUGGAAUUUCUCUGAGAUAGGAGAUGCCGUCCUCACCACAGUCAACUACUUUUCCAAUCUGUGGAUGGACUGUGUCUCUGACACCACUGGCGUGUCCGAUUGCAAGUACUAUCCCUCCAUGAUGGCUCUGCCAGUUUUCUUGCAUGUGUGCCGUGCCCUGGCCAUUGUCUCUGUAAUCCUGGGCUUUUGGGGGGCUGUGCUCGCCUUGAUUGGAAUGAAGUGCACUAAGAUUGGAGGCUCUGAACUUGCCAAUGCCAGAGUAACAUUUGCAGCUGCCCUCACGUACAUGGCAUCAGGGUUCAGUGGUAUGAUACUGUACUCCUGGUGGGGGCAACGAACACGAGCACAAUAUGUGGAUCCAAACUACAAGCCGCAGAAAUUUGAAAUAGGUGCAGCAGUCUUCAUAGGCUGGGGAGGAUCAUCCCUGAUUAUAGCUGGAAGUGCUGUUAUGUGUUACUUCUCUGGAAAAGAGGGACUCCGUUCCAGUUCUAGUAAGAGACAGCAAUCAACAGAAAGUUAUAUGACAGCUCAAUCCAGAGGGAGCUAUGUGACAGCCCGAACCAGAAGGACCUAUAUGAUGCCUAUUUCCAAGCCCACUACAGUCAUCAUGGCCCCUGUAUCCCAGUUAGGCAGGGAGAGCAAGGGAAACCGAACUCAAAGGACACACAGAGCCCACACUAUCAGGACGACUGGAGCCUCCGUACGCCUGAAUUUGGAUUCAUACGUGUGA